GUGGCCCAUAAUGCAAUGCUUUGGUUUACUUUGGUUGGCCAUUGUUCCUCAUCGAUCAAUAUUCAAACACACGCUUCAACAACGUAGUAACUGAAUUUCAAGCAUUACUGAUCAUUUGUGUUUGCUUCAAGCAAUUCUCAAGUGAAAUGGCACCCAUCAAACGAGCUGCAGUCAGCAGAAACAAACGCAAUGUUCGUUCCAAGAAAGCUGCCAUGGCCAAUGCAAGAUCUUUCAUGCUUACAAACAAAGCCCAGAUUCAGCUGAAUGAGCCAACACUUUCAACUGAAACUCCAGGAACUAGCAACCAGGACACUGUGUUACCAGAUAUUCAUGUAAGAGAAUCUGCUUCCAAGCGGAAGCUAAACUUUUCUGCCUGUUUAUUUCAAGACAAGCCUGAUGUUGAUGUGCCUAAAAGCAACGAGCUCUCAUCAUAUACUUUGAUUGAUCUAAGCAAUUUGGGCAGCCUAUUCAGCGAGCUGAGCUGUAAUGUAUGCUGUGAAAAGCUCGCGUUAUCUUGUGAAAAGAGAACUGGCUCUGUGCUGAUCUUGCGAGUUGCUUGCUCCAAGUGUAAUGUGCUCCAUAGUAGCACUCCAACAUCUAAAACACUUGCAGAUAGCAAGCAUUCUGAGAUUAACAGGCGGCUGGUUGCUUCUUUUCUAAACAUAGGACUAGGACAUGCUGGGAUGGAAGCAUUCUGUGAGGCGAUGGGGAUGGACUCAAUGGAACAAAAGACAUACAUGGCCCAUCUCAAUGCCAUACACAAGAAAAAUGAAGCUUUAAGUGAUGUGGUAAAAGCUGAAGCUGUAAAUACAGUAAAAAAAACUGUAUGGCGCAGAAGCAGAUAAACCUCUUGACAUCACUGUCAGUUUUCAUGGUACGUGGUACAAGAGGGGUCAUACCUCAAAACAUGGACUUGGCGUUGUCAUUGAGUCAACAACAGGAUUGGCAGUGGAUUUUCAUGUUAUGUCCACACAUUGUCAGCUGUGUUCAACAACAGGCAAGAUUAAGAGGAAAGAGGGACAGGAGGCCUACUUAGAGUGGUAUCAGUCACGCAAAGGUGACUGUGACAUAAACCAUACUGGGUCUUCAGGUCUCAUGGAGGUAGAGGCAGCAAAGACCAUGUGGCAGCGUUCGUUAGACAAUGGUCUGAGGUAUACUACGUUUGUCAGCGAUGGUGAUUGCAAAACCUACAAUGAGCUCAUGAUCCUGUCACCUUAUGAUGUGCCAAUCCAAAAAGAAGAGUGCACAAACCAUGUGUCGAAGAGGCUAGGCACAGCACUCAGGAACCUGGUGGCACAUGAGUCCAAGAGUGGCCGGACAUUAGGUAGGCGUAAAACAGGAAGCCUAACACAAGUGAGUGCAAUUCAAAAUUUCUUGCAUCAUAUAAGAAUUACUACAUUCUUUUUUUUUCUUGUUUGUAAAACAAAAAUAUUUUACCUUCAGGUAAAAAUGAACCUCCUCCAAAAAUAUUACAAGAAGGCUGUGUCCAGCAGGUGCAGCACUACUGAGGAGCUGAGGCACAAAAUAAUGAUGAGCUACAAUCACGCUACAUCAACCGACGAUAAACCAAACCACAGUGACUGUCCUGCCGGUGAAUCGUCCUGGUGCUUUUGGCAGCGAGCUCUUGCUCUCAAUUUACAACCUCCCUCACACAUUGGGAGGAGCAGCUGCUUUCUAUCAGAGGUGGUGGCUGAAAAGGUAAAGCCUAUUUAUGAGAGGCUCACCUCUGAUAGUCUGCUCUCCCGAUGCUUUUCAGGCAUGACACAAAAUGCAAAUGAAAGCAUACAUGCCAAGAUUUGGGCUCGCGUCCGCAAGCAUAUUUUUGUAGGAAAAAAAAGAGUUGAUGUGGGCACUUCACUUUCAGUAGCUGAGUUCAAUUCAGGAAGUGUUGGCCUACACAAUUUUUUGCAGCACAUUGGCUGUAAAAUCAGUAAUAUAACACUGAAAAAAGGGGGAAAAGGGACACACAGCGUGUGUCUAAAGCUGAAAGAAAGGAGUGUUUGGAGGUGAAAAGAAGAAAAAAAGAAAUAGUUAGUGCCAGGAUUGUUGCUCAGCAAGACUUUGAGUGUAUGGAAGGUGGUAAAAGUUAGUGCAGGGAAAUUUUAAU